UUUAUAAUAUUGUAGGCUUGUAGCUGUUAUUUUGACAAUAUGCCAGGCUCUGUUAGGGAAAUUUUCAGCCCCUGCACAUAUGCUAGAAUCCUAGAAAUAAUCACAAGCAAGUGCAGUUUAGUGACAACUAGCAUCAAGACUGUAGACUUUGGCAAAGCUCCAUCUCAUCUCAAGUUCAAUCCAUACAUCAAGACAGGGUACAGGCCACAAUUAACUCCACAGCAAUGUUUCCUGAGUUUAUUUGUGUGGAGCAAUGAGACCAUCAACAUCUGGAGCCACCUCAUGGGCCUCUUUAUUUUCAUAGGACUACUGUGCUAUGAUUUAGUUUUCAUUCUUCCUGAUUCCAAAAUAAUAAUGCUACCUCAUGACACAAUUGUUGGCUUCUUCAUCCUUGUCUCAUUUAUGAUAUGCAUGUCCAUGUCUGUGAUGUACCACACUCUGAACUGCGUGUCAGCUGAGGUGUGCAGACGUUGGUUUUCCAUGGACAUCUUGGGCAUAAGCUUGGCCUUCUAUGCAGUCUUCCUAUCAGGCAUCUUCUAUGGAUUCUGGUGUCCUGAACACAUGAUGCAGAGGAACCUGUACCUGACCUUGGUGACGAGUGUGUUUGCUUGCUCAUUGCUUUUCGUGCUUGUCCCCAGUUUGUCGGGUGAGGAGUGGCAUACAGCUCGCUUACGGUUGUUUGCAGGGUGGGCUGCAUCUGGUGUGCUACCCACUGCUCACUGGCUUCUCCUACACUGGUCUAGAAACGACACUAUUAUUCAGGUAUUUCUGCCACGCAUCGUGACGAUGUACGUCAUCAGCGGCGUGGCGAUGCUACUGUACGUCUACCAGCUCCCUGAGAAGCUUUUACCAGGUUACUUUGACCGUCUGGGCUCCUCGCACCAGUUAUGGCAUGUACUGGUGACGGUGGCGCUGGUCUACUGGCACCACACGGGCCUGCUCUACGCCCGACAUCGCUCUGUCCAUGGCUGUUUCCUGUGAACGCUGCUGUCUCAACGGCUACCCGACUCUCAGCUCCAUACUUAGCUGCCUCAGAAAUUUUGCUUCUCCAAACCAAGGAACCGCUCUGUCCAUGGCUGCGCCCUGUUUCUCUGUUUGGCUGCCCAAAAGAAUGCUGACCCUUCACUGCUGUUUUUCUGAAUGCAUUCCCUCUAAUGUCCUACUUUACUGUAAUGCUUCAAGAUCUCAAUACCUCAUCUGUUUGGAAGCGCCACCAUGGGCCACAAAUUGAACUCAUGAAUUUACCAGGAAACCCUCUCGUAGCCUCAGCAUGUAAUAACCAUCUCGACAUCAGAAUGCAAAACCGCAGGCUGUGCUGGAACUCCACAAGCCAGACCAUGGACGCAAGCCUAUGUAAUCUCGCUCAUAAGCGAGCAGUUCUGCAUCCGGCCUAACCUUUUCUGGCCCAACCUACUCACGCUGCCCUGACUCAACAUUCUUGCAUCCAAUUACUGGCAGUAUAUGCUAUGCUCACUUGCUCCUCUUUUCUGCCUUUACAUAGGUUAGGUCCACCUUGUUUUGUUUUGGGUGGAAAGUUGAGGCAAAGUGAGUUGGUUAGGCCAAAGUAGUCUAAGUUAAGAUGCAGUCUACGACCAUAUUAACUUCAGCAUAUUUUAACGGUGACUGUGUACACACGACGCUGUUGCUUGAAACAAUCAACUUCAUACGCCACUAUGCCCUCUUGCGUGUUAACCCAAGAAAAAAAAUUAACUUAAGUGUUCUGUUGGGUGAAGCUGCCUUCUGGUAUGCACCCUAUCUGUUUCUUAAAGCCUAGAAGUAUUUUUUAUUCAAUGAAUUUCCUCUAGCAUAAUAUGAGCUGUUGUAGUGGCUUCAGACAUGCGUUAAUUGCAAACUUUUGCUCUGCAUAUGCCGUCACCUCCGAUUUUCAGCGGUAAAAUUGUUCUGUUUUCGAUUUCUCUAUUUUAUAAUUGAAGAACCAAAUUAUACCUUUUCAUAUUGAAAUUACAUUGUUAUUAAUAUCGUUAAAUCAAAUUGUACAGAUUAGCCAUAAAGUUGGUUAUAUUGUAACGAAAUCUGCCUCGCUAUGGCAGUAUUUGUUGUCACAUAAUAAAUAUCAACAAAUAGCCGAGAAUAUGUGUCCUGCUUCCCGAAGAGAAAAAAAAGUGUUAUUUUAUCAACAAAUUAUAUUCCAGACUAUUAUCUAUACAUUAUAUUUUAUGUUUAGAUUUAUGCGAGCAUUUACUCUGUUUUGAAGUUUAGUUUCAUGCUUAUAACAUUCACUCAGUUCCAGGUUUUCAGUUAGUUAUAAUUAACUUGUGCCUUCUAAAAUAUAAUAAUAUAUUAUAUUUGUUACUAUAAAUAGGUAAUUACAUUCCUGCCACAGCACUCACUCAUUUCCGUUGAACUAAAUGAAAGCAAUGCUGAUGAUUAUUAAUUGAUAAGUCUUAACAUGGUUAAAAGUAUUUUGUGUCGUAGGAACUUUUAUUUUACUUAUGAUAAUAUCGCUGCCGUCCUAACAAUUUGUAGUGUUUGUGUCUCUUGUUUGAAUAACGCGCGACCAAAGUUGUCUGUUGAUUUAGGCAGGGCUGCAAUUAGGUGCAAUGUUCAUGGGACCUAAUGCUAGGUACUAUUGAGGUAAUCGAAUUGAGCUAACCAUAGAUAUAAAUUUAAAAUUUACGAUAAGUCAACCGGCCCAGAGAACAGGUCAACUGGUGCAUCGUGAAAAAGUGAACGCGAAUUUACUAAAUAAAAUUGACGCGAAAAUGAUCAUUGGUGAUGUGUUGCUGUGUCAAGCACAGAGAUGUACAUGGCUGAUAUCGACGCCAACAAUGACAGGCCUCCGUGAUGUUAACAAGUUGCCUAAUGCUAGUUAGCUUUAGUGCAGUCAACGUUUGUGCGGUCAACGAUACGACGUCGUAAUAAAUUGUUAAUUGGACGAGUCGUCGAUUUCUCCUGUCAGCUGCUCAACGGUUAAGUUUGUGUUGCAAACCACGUUACAAAGAUUUAGUGCAAUUAUUACCUUUAAGCUUCAUGUUGUUGUUUUUUGUUACUCGUUUUGUUAUUUGUGCUUCUGUUUUCCUUGUUAUGAAGCUCUUGGCAAUCGUUCCUAUUGCCGACCACUCAUAACGCCGCACACCACAGCUGUGGGUUUCAUUCUAAGGUUUCAUGGAUGGCAUGUUGUCUGUUGUAGCGUGAUGAAAUGUGAUCUGGUGUGUUGGUGUGUUGAACUGUUAUCUGGUGUAGCGUGAUGAAAUGUGUUGUGGUAUGUUGGUGUGUUGAACUGAUAUCUGGUGUAGCGUGAUGACCUGCUUUCUGGAGUGAUGUGAUAACGUGACAUCUGUGUUUGGAAGCGUGUGGGAUGUUACACGUAUAACGUAAGUUGUUCCGGUAACCGACUAUCGCAAAUUGGGUUCACAUGUGAAAUGUAGAGCGAGUGGCCGAGCUAUAAGCUCAGGACCGCAUUCUUAUGAAUGGUUGUAUAGUUUGUAUUGCUGUUCGCCUACCCUCGUCUCUCAGACACGCUGCUAUUUGCCACUCACCUUCAGCGGGCUGGUCAUUGAAGACUCACUGCCGCUGGUGUAUGAUGAAUAAUUUCGAGUGCAUGAAUUUUUCAUCAGCUUCAAAUUCUUGUCUUUUUACUUGAGGUGCAAGAUAGACUCAUUGAUGAUGUGUGGUUAGACUUCAUUAUUCGACUACUGGUAUAACUGGAAUUGCUUUUCACUUAUCUGGAUUUAUUGAGUGAUUGCUAUGAUUGAUAAUGUACGACUGAUUAUAGAUUAGGCCCUGGUUCCUCAAUAAUGUAUGCCUUUCUAUCUUCCUAAUCUUAUUAUUACUUGUUAUCAGGUUGCAGUGUGGCCUUACUCUCUGUAUUCUGGGUUAGCUUAGUAUUGUUGCCGACAUAUUUGUGCUGCUCGUUCUUCUCCGUUGCUGGCUUAAAUGUACUGAUGAUCGAGACUUGAACAGCUACAAUGCUGCUUUAUUUAGUAUAUUUUACUUUUAUCCAUUUCUAUAGUCUCGUUAUGUCGACCUAUACUCUGUAAGGAAGAGAUCGCACAACCCGUGGGCCACACCACUUCGUACACAAGCAGGCCGCGUCACUUGUACCCACGUUCAAUAUUCUUCAACUUUUUGUCGUCUAGAUUUAAGAGUAUACCCUCAAAUAUUUAUUACAGUAUUAACGCAUAUUAUGAAAUGUAUGUUAAGGUCAUCUGUUAAAGUAAUAGUUAAUUUAUUAGAUUGUUCAUCCUGCUGGGAACGCAGCUACAAAUGUGGCUGCUUGUUGAUUCAUUAUUUACCAAUUUGUUAUAGUGGUUAUUAGGUUUCAAUUUGCUAUACAUUUUCUUGUUUCA